AGAUAUACAUAAUUAAUUUAAGGUAUUUUUGUAAUAUGCCUUUUUUAUUUUAAAUAUGUAGCAACUUUUUAUUUUUAUGUAAAUGAAAUGUAUUUUAUGUAUUUAUGCUAUACGUUGACGUUUUUCAUAGUCAUAAACAAGCUUCAAAAUUGGCCAUAUUUUACCGCGAUAUAUUCAACGGCAAUAAACAAUCAAUAUGUUCGCGGGAGUAAUACGAAAAUCUGCGCAUGUACGGAUAGUAUUCCUGUUCGAUAAUAACUGGUUUGUUUUUUCAGCUCCAGACAGUGAACCAUAGAAAUUUAACGAAUAACAAUAGGAAUUUCUAUUGAAUAGAAAUCAGAAGAUGUCGAAUAGUAAAUGUGUUAAACAGUUACGCAAAAAUUAUGUUAAAGAACAGCAAGAAAUGUCACAUUCGGAAAAACUACGAUUAAUAGAUGAUGAGUUGAAUGCAUUUUACAAAUAUUGUCAACAGGCUGGUUUCACAGAAGAAGAAAUGGAUAUUAUUUGUCAACCGUUGGUGGCUGCAAUGCGACGUUCUUGGCUACAGCUUGUUUUCCGUGGAACGCUUGUUCUGAUUGUCCUUGGAACUUUAGCUUGUCUAGCAGCCCAACUUGAUUUUGUUGGAACACAUUUUACUGCAAUCAGUCGUCUUUUACUUAUCAAAGUUCUUCCAAUUUGGAACUGGCAGCCCUUGUACUAUGAAAAUUGUAUGAUCAAUAAUCCUUUUUAUAACGAUUACAUGAUAACAGAGGAAGACUGCGUGACUUGUGAAGCUCUAGAAACCAUUGAUCGUUUGUCAGAUGUGAGAUAUCGCAAUCUUGUUGAUAAUUAUUUGAGUAGGGAUGCACCUGCAAUUAUUACAGAUGCAAUGGACUCUUGGGCAGUUAUGAACACAGAUUAUUUUUGGUUUGAUAAUAUCACUCAUCUUUAUUUAGAAAACGAACGCUUAAUGGAAACAGUACCUUGUGCUUUAACUUCAAAUCUGAGAACUGGUUCGUCCGACUUGGCAGCAUUUUUACGUCGGGUACAUUCACCUGAAGUAGCUAAAUGGUUUGUCCACUGGCAAAAUUGUGACAUCAAUGCGGUGAAGGUGUUGAGAAAAUAUUAUCAACGCCCGUACUUUCUUUCAAGUACUGUCUCACCAGCACAUUUUAAUUGGGUCCUUAUGUCUUCGGAUUACAAUAGUCCAAGUUAUAAAAAGGUCGAACUAGAUUCGGGUCUCAUAGCUCUAGCUCAAUUACGGGGAGCUACGCAACUUCGUUUGACUCCUAUAAAUCCUUGCAAUAGUUCUUGUCCCGAACUAAUAGCAGAUUUGCAUCAGGGCGAGAUGCUUGUUUUUACUAAUUUAAUGUGGACUUUGGAAUACGCGCCGAUGAGAGGAUUAGACAACAUCGCAAUCUUGACUGAAACCGUCUGGGAGGAAGAUACAUAAACUAUAACACUUUUCUCUUUAUAUUGCGUUAGUCCAUGAUAUUCUGAAUCCAAGUAUAUAUCGCUUAAUUAAAUUAUAUGUACAUGUACUCAUUCUGCUACAGUGCAUAGUUCACAUUAAAUAAAGUAUUCUCGCUCAUCAGA